AUGUCGGCCAACAUCAACUCGGUGGUGUCGGUGUUCAGCAACCUUUUCUCGAAUCAGGGCACCACGCUGCUGAAUGCCAUCCUAAUCGUCACAACUAUCGGAGGGCAGUCCAUAAUCCGGAAAUUGACGUUUGCGUGUCCGUGUGCAUAUCCGCUGAAUGAAGUGCACUCAUUAAUUUUUAUGGUCGGCCCUUCAAUCGGCCUACUCUGCAUCGGCAUCAUGCUCAACACGACCACUUGGCGACUGGCGCACGGCUGUGUUUUUAGGCACGCAAAAACACGGCAUUCCUGGAAGACAAUCUGCGUGUCGUGGGUGGAGGUGUUGGCGCAGGCAUCGGUGGCGCCGAUCGCCUGGCUGUUCGUGGUGUUUUUGGAUGGAGGGUAUUACACCUGCUACCGGGCCGGCGGAUUCUGCCUGAUGGAAAAAGCGGUGCAAUGCCAGAAUCAGACCGUCUUGGAUUUUUACAAAUCGAGCCCUGGCUACGGUCAGAUGAGUGAAGAUGGAAAGUUCUGCCCAGAAUGCAUCUGCCAUAUGCGGCCCACCGACACCCUCUACCUCGAAGCCCAAUCCCAAAUUAUCGCCUUCAUGAUCUUGAUCGUCUACGGCACAGCCGCCUUUCUUGCGCUUUGUUCGAUUCGAAUGUGCGACAAGUACACGAUGGUCCAGCGGCAGUACGUGGAGAUGUACAAGAACGAGGAGAAGCGCAAUUUUGAUACGGUGGCGAAGGAAUUCGCCACGCAGCUAUCCGAAGCGAACGCGCGGGCCUUCUUCGCGCACGAGGCUUGGGACAAGAAGGACUGGGAUUGGGUGUCCGGCGUACCAGAAAUAAGCAACCCGAUGUUCGCCAGGUUAAAAUUGAUCGCGUCAGAAAAAUCGUUGCGCCGCUACUUCACUCCACUACAAUUGUGGACGGAGGAAAAGGGCUACCAAAUCUUGCGGCCCGACAUUGCCGGCAACAUGGCCGUCCGGCUGGCAAAUAUGGAGCAGGGAGAGUUGAAGAGUGAA